AUGUCUUAUUCUCAUGUCAGUUUGGUGGUUCUCAUAGCCAUGGCUGUCUUGGCUUUAACAGGGACUUUGGGUUCUUGUUCAAUUAUUCGUUCGGCCUCUGCUGGUGAUUAUUACGACAUCAACCAGCAGCAGCUCGUCCUUUCACCCGAGAUUCGUGCCAAGGUCGUUCAGCCCUUUGCUAUGCUACAGAAUGAGCUCACAGAGGAAAACCUUGCAAAAGAACUAACAAACGAAGCCUCAACAUAUGCACCGACGGAAGCCCCGACCGACGCCCCGACCGAUGCCCCAACCGAUGCCCCAACCGACGCCCCAACCGACGCCCCAACGGAGGUCCUGACCGACGCCCCAACCGACGCCCCGACCGACGCCCCGACCGACGCCCCAACAGAAGUCCCAACCGACGCCCCGACCGACGCCCCAACCGACGCCCCGACCGACGCCCCGACCGACGCCCCAACAGAAGUCCCAACCGACGCCCCGACCGACGCCCCUACCGACGCCCCAACCGACGCCCCGACCGACGCCCCGACCGACGCCCCAACAGAAGUCCCAACCGACGCCCCCACCGACGCCCCGACUGAUGCACCAACCGAUGCACCAACCGACGCCCCGACUGAUGCACCAACCGACGCCCCGACUGAUGCACCAACCGAUGCACCAACCGACGCCCCAACCGACGCCCCAACCGACGCCCCAACAGAUGAACCAACUGACACUACAACGGAUGCCCUGACGGAUACUACGACGGAUCCCACGACGGACGCCCAUACAACAACAACUGCGGCAACAGUAGCCACAACCACAAAACCAGCCACAACAACAACAACUGCAACAACAGUAUCCACAACCGGAACACCAGCUGUAACAGCAGCUUCAACAACAAACGUUCCAACCACAACAACAACUUCAGUAACAACGGCGCCAUCCAGCAGCAGCACAGUCACUAUUAGCUCUACUUCCGCUAGGACAACAACAUCCGCACCAUCUUCCGGCAGCAGUCAAACCUUUUCCUUUCUGUCCCUGUCGCUCGUUUCAAUCAGUUUCCUGCUGAGUUGUUUAAUACAGAGCAAUUAAAACAGCACUCAACUCAA